AUAUGUGAUUCAAUUUGUUGCUAUUUGUUUUUUUUUAUAGUAGAAAAAGAUGAUUUAUUAAUUUUCCUUCAAUAAUAUCAAAACAUUAAAGUAGAUAGCAUGAAUAUAAAGUUUUUAAUUUAAUUCCUCAAUGUGAUAACGUAUAUGUGCAUAGUUUAUAAGAACAAAAAAAAAUGGUUUCAAUAAUAAAAAACCAGUUGCUUAAGCACUUGUCUAGGUUUACCAAGAACCUGUCAGCGGAUAAAAUUAAUUUUAGUACAUUUAAAGGAGAGGGUGAACUAUCCAACUUGGAAUUGAACGAAGACGUUUUAACUGAUUUAUUGGAAUUGCCUUGUUGGUUGAGAUUGAAAAAGGCAUGGUGCAAUAAGGUUACUUUUAGGGUGCCAUGGACUAAACUGAAGACUGUCCCUAUAGUUUUGAGUCUUGAUGAAGUAGAUAUAAUGGUAGAAACAUGUGAGGAAUUAAGGUCAAUGUCUAACCAAGAUGCUAUGUCUGCUUAUGCCCCAGGCAAAUACAGCUUUAUACAUAAAGUUAUCGAUGGAAUUACUGUUACUGUUAACACAGUGAAUAUAUCAUUUAAUAGCCCUGCAUUUGUUGCUACUCUACAGAUACAAAGAAUCAUAGUGGAAUCCGUAACUCCUAAAUUUACAAGGUUGGAGCUGCCUUUGACAAGGUUAAAAAAUCCCGAAAAGGGACAAAUAUUGAUAUUCAAAGAGCUUCAAUGGCAAACUGUGAGAAUAGAGGCUAAAUCUACCAAAGACAACAAUUUAACCCCUUUAAGGUUGCUUACUAAUCAGGCUAGAUGUAGGAUUACCAUAAAAAAAAAAUUUUCAGAUUGUUUUAUUCUUGGCUCAAGGCUCGUUAUAAUAUUGGACGACUUGCUGUGGGUACUUACCGAUUCCCAACUAAAAGCGGCACUGCACUUCUUAAACUCACUUUCUGGGUUAAUUCAAAGAGCUACUCAACUUACCAGAAAGUUAAAAGCUGCCAGAAAACUUGAGGAAUUACCAGAAUACCGAGCCCAAAUAGCCCAAGAAGCGAUGCAAAGCGAUACCACCCAAACUAAAACAUCAAAAGCUUCCAGUCGUAUGUUUUCCCUUUAUGAUGUAGUCGAAACCUCUUAUCACUUCCUUUCGAAUCAGAUUAUUCUCCAUUUAUGCGAUGAUCCAGGAGAUGGCAGAUCGUCGCAUCCGAACCUAAAAGACGGCGGGGCCCUGCAGAUUUCCGUUAAAAAGCUGCAGAUCGAUUUUUACCCCUAUCACUUGGCCAAAGGUGAUAGAAAACAUUGGCCCACUUAUAACGCGUCGUCUGUACCGCACACGAUGUGGCAAGAGCACGCUUUAGGCUUGUUCAAAACGAAAUUCAUGGACCUCUUUCUUAAAAACGAGAUGCAGCAUACACCUUUGAGCAGAAAACCUAAGAUGGAACCUCAGCGAAGUGCCACGUCUCCGGAAACGCCAAAACAUCCCAGUCCGAGCUACAAAGAAGUUAAAAGGCGAUUGGAGUUUCAGUUAAACAAACUGAUGACCACCUCGGUGGUGAUGCGGGUCUUUGACUUCAUUGUUUAUAGGGUCACCACUUCGGGAAAAAAGCAGGUUUUAAAGGAGUUUGUUUCCGGUGACCGAAAUAGAAUGAGUUUACCAAAAGAUGCCCGUAUAGUUCACGCAGAAUAUAUUUAUUACUAUUACCCGAGUGAUGUGCCAUUCCCUUUACCAGCCCCUAAGUUUUAUAUACAAGUUAACCCGAUCCAAGUGGUUUUCGACCAGGACACUUGCCUAUGGUUGAACUGCUUCCUUUUGAAUUUAAUUCAGUCCCUGCAAGACGCCCAAGCCGAAGAAGUUAACUCGAAUUUCACGUAUAUCGAUGUGAAAAUUGAAGCGAUAUUGCCCAGGCUAAAUUUUGAAAGUUCCGCAGAAUACCACAGCCAAAGGGACAGACCGAAGUGUUUGAGCUUGCAAGUCACUAGGGCGACAAUCACCAACGUUAGGGCAUUGGAUAACUCGUCCAGAGCAGAUUUGGCUAAGUGUGUAGAUUCGUUCCAUAUGGGCUCGCUGUUCUUCGGCAGCGAUUUUCCCAGUCAACCGGGGGAUUAUUACGCGGUCACACAGAAGUUUAUUGAUCAUAUUUCCGCGGCAGACGAUAUGCGGAAGUUACCUAAACAACUGGAUCUAACGUCGCUUGAAGUUAAAGAUGGCAAACUGUGCAGAGAACUUUUCUGGACGGACGCCAAGGACGUGUGGUGCAUUUUCCUGGAUCCGGUUUAUGGGGAUUUCCUGGGAGCGCAGUCCGAUAUCAAUAAACCGGUGCCAUUUCUGGAUGCUGUUCCUGUAACAGUUUGGUUACAUGCCAAUUUAGAUCCAAACAGUACUGUAAAAGAAACUAGGGACAAAGGAGAAACGGCUGACAUACACGCUUUGGCCUACAUAUCAAACCUAGUAAGCAUACAACUGAAUCAUUAUCAGUACUUGUUCCUUUUGCGAUUAGCGGACCAGGCUGCCGAGUUAGCUACGUUUUUAAAUUUAGACUCCGAUAGAAUUCUAAAGACUGAAAGUAAUUCUUCUAUGGCGAUCGGGGCUCUCAUACCCCAAUUGGAGGUGACUUUCGUUAUGCCCCCCCAAAGUCCUGGAAAAGAAUCUUCAGGGGGAGACGAUGGGGAAUCGUUCGUGCCCGAUUUUAGUAGCAUAGAUGACAUCACCGUAGGUAUACUCCGCAACAGUAACCGCUCAAUACCUCAGCUAGAAAAUAGCGGUAGAUUCGUGUCAUAUUCGGAAAAUACGACGGUGUAUUCGCAAUCGGUGCCGGAACAUUCCGAAUCUUAUUUAAUGCAAAAUAAAACGUUGACGAAUUCAUCGUAUUCACCACAGGGAGCAACUAGAAGUCCCCAACUAAAGAAUCCUUUACAUAACAACAUGAAUUAUGUGGGCUUUUCCUCAAUGAAAAAGGGUUUUUCCAACCUAAUGUCCUCCAUAGAUAGCGCCCUAAAACAAAGUCCGGACGACAUGUCCGACACGAUUUCAGUGAGAAGCGGCGAUUCCAGUGAUUCCGAACAAAUCGUCAUGAUCAAUUUUGAGGAAGACGUCAGAGGUAUGGAUUAUAUGUUUUUCGUUAACGAAUUGCAAGAAUUCGAACGGGUAGAGGAGGCGUCCGAGGUAGUAGAAGAAGCCGAUACGACCUCCACAAGUGAUCACAGUUUAACUAGCAGCUGUCGCAGAAAAGACUUAGUGUGCGUCUCAACCUUUAAACUAACGAACGUGGAGCUGGUGCAACAAUCCAAAGGAUUUUCUUCGUCGAUAAAGGUUCAAGUGGGGAACAUAUUUAGCGAGGAAUGUUCCAGUAUACCGUGGGACGAGUUUCAAGGCAAGUUCAGUAUGCGUUCUAGAGGCUGGACCGAAAACAUCAAUAACACCUCCCCAAUAGCGAAAGUGAAAAUCCGUUUGGACCAUAAGUUAGCGUUAUCCUCUUCUAGUCAGUUAACGCAAUACAAUUUAACCGAUAAGGACAACAUGAGGAAGGUCUUCGAUGAUUGUCUCAAUAUGGAAGUGAAGGAUCUUACGAUGAGCUUGAAUAUGAGCACCGUGGUCGGUUUAGCUGAUUUUGUCGAGGAUGAAAUUAUUGCUCUUCCCUUACCGUUGAAUAUAUCCAUUGAAAAUGUCAAAAUCCACCUAAAUGAAGACCGACCACCGGUGAACAUAACCUCGCCCGGACCAGUGCCAAUCGACCUAGAUAUACUCGAACUAUUUAUCACUCGUAGCGAAGAUGGCAUUUUUCAUUUAACCUGGAAGAAUCCGAAGCGUCACCGUAAGGAUUCUUUGGAAAACGGUUGUGAACAAGAACAAUCAAACUUAAUAAAACUCACAAGUCUGAUCUCCGACAAUGAAGAACUGAAGCGUAAGUUAUUGAUGUUCGAGCGAAUUUCGGAAGAAAACAGAUCGUUGCGGAAAGCGAAGGAAGAGUCUGAUCUGCUUAAGAACCAUUUGAAAAGCGCACAAGAUGACAUAAGUAAACUUCUGGACGAGAAAAAGCAACUUCUAGACGAGCUACUCUCACUUCGGGAGCAGCUCUCUACAGGCAACGGUUGGAAAUGGAAUUCGAAAAGCUAGCAAUGUUGCUUCGACUGUACUAAUUGCUGUAGCAAUGACAAAGGUUCGCAGUAGUUAGACGGUCAAUCAAACUAUAAGCAAGUCCUUUGAAGUGGUUUUAUUAUUUCUCACGUGAAAAAAAUCACGAGGGACUUGCAACAGGAUUCAUGAUGAAACUUUGAUUAGGACAUUACUGGGUUGAAGGCAACGGUUUUAUCACGAAAUCCCUUCUUUUAUUGGCUGUACAGUAGAUAGAAUAUUUUUAUUAUUAUUAUUGAUAUUGUCAUUUACCUGUAGGACAGUUAAUGAUACUUGUUGUUUUAAAUUAUAUACAUAUAUAUUAAUAUAAGGAUUCUGAUGUAAAAUAUUAUUCAUUGAAGGAAUAUAAAAGUAUAUGAACUUGGAA